AUGGGCUCUAUACCAUUUAUCUUCAUCAUCCUCCUCUUUCACUUACAGAAAUCCAAAUCUCAAACGAUCCAAUCAGCACAUCUUCUUGAUCUUAUGAUCAGAGAUUACACCAUCAGAAACUUCAACAUACAUUUCAAGACAGGCACAGUCCAGAAAAUCAAUCUUCCUUCGAAUUUCUCAUCCAUUGAUGUUGAUACGGCUAGGUUUAGAUGCGGGAGUUUGAAGAGACACGGUGCAAGAAUCGGAGAGUUUCACUUUGGUCCGGGCUUGACGGUGCAGCCAUAUGUUGAGAGAGUGGUUCUGGUGAGACAGAAUUUGGGUUUUAAAUGGUCUUCUUCUAUUUACUCAACCGGUUAUAACUUAACCAGUUACAGCUACCAGCUAGUCUCUCCGGUUCUAGGAUUAUUGGCUUAUAAUUCUAACCCGGACGGUGUAGCUCCGAAUCCUUAUGAGGUUAACGUAAUGGGAACGGAGCAAAACCCUAUUCUGAUUGAUUUCUUCAGCAGCAAGGCAAGUGGUAGCCCUAAACCUAACACGAAGAAAAACUCAUCUCUCUUGUGUGCUUGCUUCACAAGUAACGGUAACAUAACGUUUAGAGAGCAAGUUUCAGCCUAUGUUUGCUCGGGAACAAUACAAGGGCAUUACGCGCUCGUGACUAGAGCUCCACUAAAGGAUCAUCACGGUAACGGUGAUGGUGGUGGAGUGGUUACGCCGUCGUCGUCUCCGUCAGUAAAUGGUGGGGGGAGACUGAGCCGGUGGAAAGUGGCGGUUGGGAGUGUGAUUGGGUCAGUGAUUGGAGCGUUUCUGCUAGGGUUAUUGGUGGUGGCGAUGUUAGUGAAAGGGAAGAAGAAAGCGAUGAGAGAGGAGAUAGAGAGGAGAGCUUAUGAAGAAGAAGCACUUCAGGUUUCAAUGGUCGGUCAUGUUAGGGCUAAUCCUAAUGCUUCGAGAACAAGAACUGUUCCAAGAUUUGAUAACAAUAGGUAUAGUAACAAGUAA